AUGAUAGGCUACAGAAUGGUAGGAUCCACGCAAGGGUCUAUCGCAAGGUCGAGAAGCGAUACGACAGACCCGGCGUCUGUCGUCGAAGAAAGGGCUCUUGUACCUAGGAGCUCCUCGCCACCACUGCGCACUCUCGACGACGUUCGCGAUCAAGUAUCCCAAGAGAUCGCCGUUCAUACUAUCACAAAAGCGAGGUAUAUGGAUGGAGUUAGAAUCGGUGUGCGCUUGGUCAUGUCGAAAAGCGAGGACGAAUACUUCCUCGGGCAAGUAGCCGGGAGGAUACAGCACCAGCUAUCCCUGCACGAGCACCUGUUCGCCGUCGGGACCACUGCUCAAACUGCGAGGUCAGCCUCAAGUACCCUUAUCAUCUGCGGUUCUUCCCCAGACUUUGUACAACGAGCUGUGCUUCUCGCCAGUUCGAAGUUCAUCGGCAGAGUUAUAGCCGCGAAGACGAAAGACUACCGAUGGGUGGCGACGAUCCAGGAUCUCGGAGUAUCUCCAUACGACGAAGACGCGCUAUGGGAUGUUCUCUCCAAAGCUGCACGAAGCCCUAUGGACCCCCUAGCUCCUCCGCCCGGUUCAAAGGGUAUUGACCAGAUCCUAUCAGAAGCCCGUGCAAAGCUGCAGCGAAUUAGCCCGGAGCAGGCUUUGGACGAAUUGAGAGAGACCCAAGUGGGUGCUCCGACUUUUUUGGUCGACAUCCGACCACAAGCCCAACGCGAGAAGGAGGGUGGCAUCCACGGCUCCCUUAUCAUCGAGCGGAACGUCCUCGAAUGGCGCUUCGAUCCGAGGUGCACCGCCCGACUUGCUAUUGCGGAUCGAUAUGAUCUGCGGAUUAUCGUGUUCUGCCAGGAAGGAUAUACCUCGAGUCUCGCGGCGUAUUCUCUGCAGCAAAUGGGGCUACUGAAUGCGACGGAUAUCAUUGGAGGGUUUGGAGCAUGGAGAGAAGCGGGUCUUCCUAUUGACCUUGACAGGCGUGAUGCAAGGUCGCUCGUCUCGCUCGCGGGGUCGGUCGUAUAG